AAAGACUUAAUGCUGAUGCUGUACUCAUUUUUUCAGUUCGUGUGAUGUUCAAAUUAGUAACUUACGAACCACUUUGCUUAACGUUAUAAUUUUUUAUGUGUAGUAGUUAAUUUGGCAAGUAUGGAUAUAACUAUGUUGCAAAACGCAUAUCCGACAAUGCACGACAGGAUGCCAGACAGAAUGUUAACUGAAGAGGAUUUCAGAAAUACAGAUCUACCCGUAGAUGAAAGAGAAGUUUAUGAUAUAAUAAGAGAUAUUAAAGAUCCAGAGCAUCCUAUGACACUAGAAGAACUUGGAGUUGUAGAUUUGCAAGAUAUUAAGGUUGAAGAAAAUAAUCACUGUUUUGUUGAAUUCAAGCCGACAAUUCCCCAUUGUAGUAUGGCGACACUGAUUGGCUUAAGUAUUAAAGUUCAGCUGCUAAGAAUACUACCUGUACAUUUUAAAGUUGAUGUUUGUAUUGCUCCAGGUACACAUGUAUCUUUUAAUGCAAUUAAUAAACAGCUUGCUGAUAAAGAAAGAAUAGCUGCAGCCCUUGAAAACUGCCAUCUUUUAGAAGUCAUCAAUAGCUGUCUUUUGCUGCCAGAGCCACAAACAAUUCCAGACUUUGUAGAGAAUGCUUUGAAAAACAAGCAAGAUACAGAUGUUUCAAAUAUAAGAUAUAUUCAACAUUCUAGGCAACAUAUUGAAAGUUUUCGUCGAUGGCAUGACAUAUUGAACAAGGAUUCACAAAAAUCAAAGUGUUUUAAUCUUUCAGGAAAAGAUAUUUUAUUAUGAAAAUUGUUAUGCUCUGUAUGGUAGUUCUUUGAAAUAAAAGCUGAUCUGUGUAAUUAUCACCAUUUGGGCUAAUUAGUAUAAUUAUAUAAGAAUGCUGUGAAUAUCAAACUGAGAAUAAAUCUUAAAGUGAAAAUGUAUACUAUAGGUUGUUCUGUAAAGUGUAGUUAAAAAAAACAAGUAUAUUUGUAUUUUAUAACCAUGAGUAUUUUUUAAUUCUUGCAAAUCUAGUAUGGUAAAAUUUACUAUAUUUCCAUUGCUAACAAUAGAAGAAAAAUGUACAGGAAAUUACAAAUGUCUUUAAAUGUGAGUGAUAUACUUACACUUUGAUAACGUAUUUAAAAGUAAACAAUUUUUACUUUGAUUUCCAAAGAUAGUCAUCUAGUCAUUUAUUUCUAUUGCUUUGAAGGUUUUUCAAAGAUUAUUAUAUUUUUUCAGUGGGAAAAAAUAUGCAGUUUGUAUUGUCUCAAUGGGAAAGAAAAGAUUCUUUUGCACUGAACAUUGGAAGCUGUGCAAUGUUUGAUUCUUAAUAAGUCCCAUGGAUAGCACGUGGUAUUUUCCACAAUCACUUACCUACAUGUUUGAAGUAAAAGAAUAAUUUUGCAGCCUACUACUAAUAUGAUUAAAAAUUUUUAUGUCACACCUUAAAUAGUGUAAAAGGAUUAUCUGAAAAAUAGUUUUUUUUAAUGAUUUUGAAAUCUAAGACUUGGGCAUAACUUUUCAAACAUUGCAUUUUGGGAAAUUCUAAAAUGUACUACGUACAUUUCUAAUUUGUGUAUCUAUUGCAAUUUUCAGCAUAAAAUUGAAUGUGGUAACUCAUUCUGAGAUUAUGAAGAAAAGACUAUGAUAUCUUAUUCUGAAAUCAAAUUAUCAAAAUCAGCACUAAAAUAUUUAGAUUAUAAAUUACCUGACUCAGUUUUAUUUUUCUUUAAAUUUGGAAGUGUGAUAUCAUAUAGCAUCUGUAUGCAAAGAGUACACAAUUAAGAAAUGCAUAUUUCGAAAGAAUAUCUCUAUUAAGAGAGUUGGCCAGCAUUUUAUAAUUUUUAUGUACUGGUUUUAUAUCUUUACGAUGACGUGGAUGAUGUUUAUAUAAUUUUUUUAGUACUGUGAUUUUAAGUAGUCUCCACAGUAUGUUAAUUCAAAAUAAACAAAUUCUAAAUGUUGCUUGUGUUAUUUUAUUUCAUUUAUGCUACUUUUAAUUCUGUAUUUUUUAGUGAAUUUUCAAAUAGAGGUAAAUUUAUAAGUGCAGGAUGUUUCACAAUCAAUGGAACAAUGAAGUUCCUCCAAAAAAUUACUCAUAUUGAUUGUCAAAUUCUACAUAGAAACAUGGCAUUCCAUUUUGAAUUUUUCAGGUGACUUACUCUCAUUUAAUGCUUUGUUAAAAAUGAGAAGUAGGGAUAUUCAGCAUAAGACUGUAACUGAGUGUCAUGUCUUUGCAAUAAAGGACUUUUAGUCCAA